AUGAAUAACUUCGACGGCUGGGAUUAUGCGGUACUGAUCAUCAUUCUGAUAAUAUCCGCUGCAAUCGGCAUCUACUAUCGCUUCUCGGGUGGUAAACAAAAAACUACCAAAGAAUAUUUAAUGGCCGAUCAAAGUAUGUCCGCCCUGCCGGUAUCCUUUAGUUUAAUGGCCAGUUUUAUGUCAGCCGUUACUCUGCUGGGUGUAUCCAAAGAAAGCUAUGAAUACGGUAUGAUAUUUUGUGUUAUAAAUAUUUCGUAUAUCAUCAGCACACCGAUUGCUGCGUAUUUGUUCCUACCCGUAUUCUAUAAAAUGCGUACCACGAGUGUUUAUGAAUAUUUGGAAAGGCGGUUUGGUCAUACAAUGCGUAUGGCUGCAUCGCUGGCUUUUUCCCUACAAAUGAUUCUCUAUAUGGGUAUAGUGCUCUAUGCUCCCGCCCUAGCCUUGGAAGCGGUAACGGGUAUUAAUAAAGUCACGGCCAUUCUGACAAUUGGCAUUGUGUGUACCUUCUAUUCGACGGUGGGUGGUAUGAAAGCUGUCCUCAUCACCGAUGUAUUUCAAUCGUUGCUUAUGUUUGCCGGUAUCUAUUCGGUGAUAAUCGUAUCGGCCAUUAAGGCUGGAGGUUUGAAAGAUAUUUGGAAUGUUGCCGUGGAUAGUGGCCGUAUAAAUAUGGAUGAAUUUUCUUUGGAUCCCACUGUGCGUCAUACAUGGUGGACCUUAAUUAUUGGUGGAAUGGUUACUUAUCUCUCACUGUACGGUGUCAAUCAGACACAGGUGCAGCGAUUACUUAGCGUCAAGAAUCUGAAAGGAGCCCAGGCGGCUCUUUGGUGGAAUUUGCCAAUUUUGAGUUGUUUAAGUUUUAGUACCUUGUUCAGUGGUUUGGCGAUAUUCUAUUAUUAUCGGAAUUGUGAUCCGGUUCUAAGUGGUCGCAUUAAGUCCAGGGAUCAGCUGAUGCCGCUCUUUGCUGUGGAUACAAUGGGUGAAUAUCCCGGCCUCUGCGGUCUUUUUGUCUCCGGUAUUUUCUCUGCCAGUCUUUCCACCGUGUCCUCAUCGGUCAGUUCCCUUUCCGCUGUUACCCUAGAAGAUUAUAUUAAACCUGCCUAUAAGAAAAUCUUUAAGAGAACCAUGACAGAUACAAGUACAACAUUGCCUAGUAAAAUUAUGGCUUGCAUUUAUGGAAUUGUUUGUAUCGCUUUGGCAUUUACCGCCGGAUCGAUGGGAGGUGUAUUACAGGCUUCGCUGACAAUUUUCGGUGUUGUUGGAGGUCCUUUGCUGGCAGUAUUCACCCUCGGUGUUGGCACAACACGGGCUAAUCAACGUGGUGUACUCAUUGGCCUGCUAACCGGAUUGGUAUUUUCAUUUUGUAUUGGUUUUGGUGGACCAAAACCACCACCAGUAACACUGCCUGUUAGUGAUGAAGGUUGCCUGCAGGCCAAUGUUACUUUGGUGGCGGAAUCAUUAAGUCUGGUGGAAGAGAUGUUUAAUGGAACUACCACCACAACAACAACAACGCCAGCUAAUAUUCCGGCUCCAACAGAUUAUUUCUGGCUUUAUCGUAUAUCCUAUUUAUAUUUAUGUGUUUUUGCUUUCAUACUCACCCUUGUGGUGGGUUAUGGGGCCAGUCGUAUAUUGGAAUAUUUCAAAUUGGCCGAUAACUCACAAAUUUAUUUGGAUUCUUUAAGACGUCAAAUCGAUUAUGAUCUGUUUGCACCGCCAUUGUCGCGUAAGCUGCGUGAACGGGACACAAAUGAUGAGUUGAGUAAAUUAAAUUAUUGUGAUACCACGACAAUGGUCCUAGGAUAA